AUGGAACAACCGUUGUUCUUGGCAUCAUCGCCAUCCACCACUUCUCGCAAGCUCUCGACUGCAACGAUACCUGCCAAUAUGAGCGCGCCUGGUCCACAGAGGGCCUCGGUCGAUCAAGCCGAGCACGCUGGUGCGCUUCACGCUAACUUCAGCAACUCGAGUCAGACGCACAACUCGGCCACCGAUCAGCCUGACUUCCCAGAAAAAGAUGGAUCUCGCCACGUUUCAAGCCAUGACAUGGACAGGCUUUCUUCGCCAAACGUCAACUCGUUGCAAGCUGCCGACAAGCUAGAGGCAACGCAAGGUCAGCAAGGGUCGAGCUCGGCAUCGAAACCCGAUCAGGCCGAGACCAGCAGCCUCCUUAUCCGACUCUUCCCCGUCUUCCUCAUCGCCUUGCAGUUCGGCAUGGACAGCACCCUCUGGCUACCAACAGCAUACGAACAUAUCGCAAAAUGCACCUCAAACCGCACUGAGACGAGCCACUACCUCAGCUUGGCUCAGCUUCUUCCCGCCGCAGUGCAGCUCUUUGUCUCUUUGCUGGUCGGUCCGCUUGCCGCGAUGGCCGGGUCGCUCAAAUGGCCAGCAUGCUUCCUGCUUCUUUGUUCGGCCGUCGGCAAUUUCAUCUACUCCGUGGCUGCGCCCGGAGGCAUCAACAACGUCUGGGCCAUCGUCGGUGCUCGAUGUCUUCUCGGUCUAGCCAGCGGAAGCGCCUCUUUGGCGAUGGCAUAUCUGACCGUCUCCACCGCGUCGCAUCAGAGGAUCGAGGCCAUGUCGCUCUUCCGCACGUUCGGCGGCAUUGCCAUGGUGCUGGGUCCGCUUCUCAGCAUCCCUUUGAGUCGCGUUCACUUUGACGUCGGCCACAGUGCUUUCGAGGUGGAUGGAACAAACGCGCCUACGUUCCUUGCAGCCUUUACGUCGCUUGUCAUCGCGUCUCUGGUUGCUGUUCUACUCAAAGACAAGUCCAAGCCGGCUCACAACGCCUUUGUCCCGCUCAUCGGCUUCUUCUCUUCGAAAGAUGGACGCUGGAAGAUGCCAUGCCUUAUUCUCGGUCUCAUGCUCGUCUCGGCCUACCUGAGCGCCAACGUGCUCUUCCUGCUGUCCGAGCUCCUGGCACACCGUUGGCACAUUGGCAUCACCCUUGCCUCUGGAAUCCAGGCGAUCGUCUUUGCGCUCUCGCUCUUGGCGAGCAUCGGCUGUGGUCGCAUGCGCCGAUUCAUCGUGGACUACAUGCAAAAAAGAAAUACAGCAAGUGGCUCAGAUGCAGCGGAGAAGGGCAAGCUCGAAGACCAAGCAGGCGCCAAUCUGCAUGCCGAAACGAUGCUGACGCAGGCCUCGCAAGUCAUUUCGGUCAUCGCCGUUUUCCUCGCCAUCAUGUCGGUAUCCUUCAAAGCGGGCUCGGCAGCAACCGCCGUCGUGUUUGCCAUCGCAUGUACCCUGGCCAUGAUGGGCUACAACAUCCAGGCGGCCUCGCUUCCAUCGCUGUUCUCGCAAAGCUUGCCAGCCGACGUGCGCGCGUCGUUGGUGCCGUGGUACGCGGCCACGGUCGCUGCGGGCAAGCUUGCAGCACCGCCCGUAACCGAAACGAUGGGCAGCUCGAAUGGUCACGGAUGGGCGGCUUCUCAGAGCGUGCCUCUCGCCUUGGGACUGGGUGCGAUCGUUGUACUCGCGUUGGCGUCUAAAAGGCUGGUCGGCGUCUGCUGUACCCAAAGCGCGAAAUGA